CCGACUCGCGGUAGAGUGGUACGUCGCGCAUAUGUGACGUCAUGUGGGCGCCGCUUGCUGAAGGCUUUCCCCGCCCACAGCGGCUCCGUUCUCUCUUUCCGGACCUGUGGAGCAGGAGGCGCCAUCAUGGGAGUCGACAUCCGCCACAACAAAGACAGAAAGGUUCGGCGCAAGGAGCCCAAGAGCCAGGACAUCUACCUAAGGCUGUUGGUCAAGCUAUAUAGGUUUCUGGCCAGACGAACCAACUCCACCUUCAACCAGGUGGUAUUGAAGAGAUUGUUCAUGAGUCGCACCAACCGGCCACCGUUGUCCCUUUCUCGGAUGAUCCGUAAGAUGAAGCUUCCUGGUCGGGAGGGCAAAACUGCUGUGGUUGUAGGCACUAUAACCGAUGAUGUGCGUAUCCAGGAGGUCCCCAAACUGAAGGUGUGUGCACUUCGUGUGAGCAGUCGUGCUCGGAGCCGCAUCCUCAAGGCUGGGGGCAAGAUCCUCACCUUCGACCAGCUGGCCCUGGACUCCCCCAAGGGCUGUGGCACAGUCCUGCUCUCUGGUCCUCGCAAGGGCCGAGAGGUGUACAGGCAUUUCGGCAAGGCCCCUGGAACUCCGCACAGCCACACCAAACCCUACGUGCGCUCCAAGGGCCGGAAGUUUGAGCGCGCCAGAGGUCGAAGGGCCAGCCGCGGCUACAAAAACUAACCCCAGAUCCUGCCUUGUUAUUAAAAAGCUUUUGGAAGCAGA